CCCUUCGCGGUUUCUAUUUAUAAUACUGCAACAGCCGCUUUUUGACAGCUACUGUAGGACCAGAUGCUGCAUAAACAGCACCACCCUCUAAAUACAGCUUCACAUUAAUUGGUGGAACUUCACGCUAACCCGACAGACGUCAUUGUUCAGAGAUAACCUGUAUUUUGACUUUUAUUUCCUUACUCCCGUCACGUCAACGUGCCGUUGUUGUUUUUUGAUAUAAAAUAUUCUGAUAUAAAAACAAUGACAGAAGGGAACAAUAUGCCAGAAGGUGAUACAGCGGGUAAAGAUGAGGUGCCCGUCGGCGUGCCCGCGGAGGAGAAGCGGUCUGAGGAGGACAAGAAGGAGAACGGGGAGAGCAGCGUGUCCGUUCCGGAGCAACCCGCGGCUCCGGGAACGGAGGAGGUCGAGUUUGUACACCCAGAGGGCGGCUGGGGGUGGCUGGUCAUGCUGGCUGCCAUGUGGUGUAACGGCUCGGUGUUUGGGAUCCAGAACGCCUUCGGGAUCCUCUUCCUCUCCCUCCUCCGGGAGUUCGGCUCCGAGCACGAUGAAGACCUCCGCUUCAAGACAGCAUUGGUGGGCUCCCUCUCCAUGGGGAUGAUCUUCUUCUGCUCUCCCAUCGUCAGCGUCUUCACCGACAUCCUCGGCUGCAGAGUUACCGCAGUGGGCGGCGCUGCUGUCGGCCUGGUCGGCCUACUGGCCAGCUCCUUUGUCACGUCCCUGGGCCCCAUGUACUUCACCUAUGGCAUUGUGUUUGCCUGCGGCUGCUCUUUCGCCUACCAGCCCAGCCUGGUCAUCCUGGGCCACUACUUCAAAAAGCGCCUGGGUCUGGUGAACGGCAUUGUGACGGCCGGCAGCAGCAUCUUCACCAUCACGUUGCCCUUCGUGCUGUCGGGCCUGCUGGAAAAAGUGGGCCUCCAGAACACCAUGCGCGUCCUCUGCAUCCUCAUGUUUAUUCUGAUGCUGGCCGGCUUAACCUACAGGCCCCUGCUGCCAGUCAAAUCCAGUAACACCCGCGCAGGCAGCCGGUGCCCACCCAUGAGCCAGAUCUUCAACAUCAAUAUCUGGAAGUCUGUGGGAUAUCGCAUUUGGGCCUUCGGUAUUCCCGCAGCCCUCUAUGGCUACUUUGUGCCUUAUGUUCACCUGAUGAAGCAUGUGGAGGAGCGUUUUGGAAAAGAAGCCAGUAAAGAAGUUCUGCUCAUGUGCAUCGGCAUCACGUCCUGUGUGGGCCGUCUCAUCUUCGGCAGGGUGGCAGACUAUGUUAAUGGAGUCAACAAAGUCUACCUGCAGGUGACCUCCUUCUUCGUCAUCGGCCUCAUGUCCAUGAUGAUCCCUCUGUGCAACAUCUUCGGCGCGCUGAUCGCCGUGUGCCUGCUGAUGGGGCUGUUCGACGGCUGCUUCAUCUGCAUCAUGGGCCCUAUCGCCUUUGAGCUGGUCGGGGACAAAGAUGUGUCCCAGGCCAUCGGCUUCCUGCUGGGCCUGAUGUCCGUGCCCAUGACUGUGGGGCCCCCCAUCGCAGGCUUCCUGAGGGACAGACUGGGUAGCUACGACGUGGCCUUCUACUUGGCAGGUAUCCCACCGAUCUUCGGAGGCGCCGUGCUGUGUCUGAUACCCUGGGUGGAGGCCCGGCGCAAGAGGAAGGAGAAGGAGGACGCCCUGAACAAAGAGCAGGGUCAACUGCUGACCGGCCAGAAGCGCGAUCACGAGAAGGCUCAGGGGGACGCGCCGAGCAAAACUGGAGAGUCUGUCCUCUAAGUGUCCCGUUGAACCGACUGAAAGACACACACACACACACACGCAACGGGGUUUAGACUGACACUGCUGAGUACUGCGAUACAGUAGGAGUAAGAUUGUAACAACUGCCUUCAGUAGAAGAAAAUGCCAAAGUGAUGAAACAUAUCAGAUAAGAGUCAAAGGGUUGAAGUACAGUUUUACAUGAAUGUGAUCCCGAGAACUAUGCAUUAGAACUAUGCAUUAGAUUGUUUUGACUGAACUAAUCUCAAAAACAACAGACACAAACUUGAGGUUUUAAGUGAAAAUUGAGAAACUGAACAUUUCAUUUCAUUUGUCACAAGGGAAAAGAAGAGGUGCUGUGCUGUACUAUAAAUGCGGUGUAUUCAUAGCUUGAGCCAGUGUCUCAACCAAAAAAACACUUUCAGAUGGACUUUCUUUACAAUCAGUUUUCAACACUACCAUAUGGUUUUUUUUUAGAUGUAGAAAUAUAACAUAAA